AGCAUUUUUAGAAAUUAUUUAAAUCUGCUCCGUGUGCUGCUUGAGAUCGGCUCUUCUUUUCUUUUCUGAUGAAUAUUUUUGGAUGAAUAUUUCUUCGUCAUCGGAGCGAUUCUCGCAAAUAAUUUCGCCAGCCAGUUUUGGUCGCGGUGUUUGCACACGCGCACUUAUGUCAGCCUCUGCCUCUAUCUGUUUAGCAACAUCGUGACGAUGCGCGAUUAUACAUACAUAUAUUAUACGUACAUUGAAUGGUCGAUACACGGCACGACUGAAAUUAUCACGGUACACACGGGUCAACGAGUUAUCGCGAAUACCGAACAGAGCCCGUGAACACAUCGUUGCCUGUCAGUCGGCGGGAAUCAUCGCGAUCGCGCGCACGCAAGUCUAUUAUUACAUAUUUGUCCAGUGCUAGUGAAAAUUAAUAAAUAAUGUAGACUCGAGAAAUUUUCAUUAUGCGAUAUAUUUCGAGAUAGAGGUGUAAACAAGUCGGGGUUGAAUUUGUUAUCAACGCUUUUGGCUGAAGAGCAAAUGGAUUAAAUGGUAUCGGUUAAAAUCGACAACGUAUGUGUGAACUAAGUAAUAGAGUGAAGCUGGAAUGGAAUGUCGUUACCUUUAGUCAAAGUGCACGAAACAUAUGUUUCCGAGGAAAUUAAAAAAUAAAUGAUACCAAUCGAGUUUUUGCAAUGUGGAAAGUGAAUAAUAGAGAACAACUAUUAUAGUGGAGUGGAUUGUGGUUAAGUUUAGUCAAAGUGCAUGAGGAAGUGGCGGUCGAUGAAGAAGACAGGUUCGCUGGUGGAAUUCCCGACGCGCCGCACGUCGAUUGGAAAACGUCAGGAGUCGCCGGGCGAUGUUUUAUCUGGACGGAAGAGACGCCGCCGUCGCGGCGAAAUACGACUCGUCGUCGCUCAACGAGGAGGAGAAUUUCGGCUGGUGGCUGGGCGAUCGGGAGAUACCGUUAUCGCCUAGAUCGAGGAUCCGAAUGAUCAGGGAUCAUCGAUCACCCGAUUCGUUCGCGUCGACGUUGUCCUGCCUCGACUCGGAUGACUCGGACAGCUGCAGUUUCGCGCGUGAUGUGUCGAGGCACGAGCAGGAGAGCGGAAUCUGCGAGAAGAUCGAGCUGAUCUCGUUCGGGGACGAUCUGGAUAUCGAUCCGAUCGAGGGGGACGCCGGUGACAGGAAUAGUUUGCCCGCGACCAUAAGCAGCGAGAUCAAUGAAGAAUGCAUAAAUCCCAGUGCCAGCGUCUGCUACACCCCGGAGAGACUGAUCAGAUCUCAGGAAUACCGGAUACUCACACCGUCUCCUCGCCGAUAUGUCUGCUCCCAGGCGAGAUUCAUCCCGGAGAACGAGGGCAGAGAGUGGAGGUCCCGGCGUUGCCGAAAACGGUUGAACCGUCUCAUCGAUUCCAAGCAAAUCGGUGCAACACAGCUGAGAAUACUUCUGAAUUUACCGAGCACGAAUACGAAGACAUCCAUGCCUGUUUUUGAUCGGCGACAAGAUGCUACCAAUGAUUCUAACACAAUAGGAUUGAACGAUGAUCUUCUAAAGCAUCGAGACUGCAGCGUGCGAAAUAAUGGCAAAUCGGGCUAUGACCAGCUGAACUCCACCUGGGACGACUGCAAGGAUCCAGUCACCCAGCUGUCCUCUCUGGAGGACACUUCCGGGAUACAGAGUUACGAUUGGAGUUUGGAGACCCAGAGCGAUGCGCAAAACACGCCGAUGUGCCUCUGCGAUGAACUGGCGAUCGCAUCAAGGGAUCACGUGAAUCUCGCAAAUAAUCGAAGUACCACCAUCAUUGAAGCGGCAUCUAUUCUCGAAAGUCUUCGAGGCGAUCCCGGUAGGGCAACGGCCCUCCUGGAGGAGGAUCGAUUUUGCGACAGCACAUCCUCUCACGACCAAUUAACCAGACUGGCUCUGGCCAUAGAGACGGACGUGGAAGCACCGGCAGUUCCCGACGAUUCGAAUAAUUGGAUACGCCAUCUCCGCGAUAGAAUAGCACGACUGCAGCUUGCCAAUAAAGAGAUUCACGGAGAUAUACGCGGUUUACGUAUAAAUUUUCAGUGCGAUGAAAAAAAAGCGAUCAAUUUGUCGAGUGAUACAACGAGACUGCUAGAGGACGUUCACGACUUGCGAUAUUUCGAUGACCUGCUGAAACUCCUGGAAGGAGAGCUCGAAAGAAUAUCCAGAAGAAAUUGGCCAUUCAUUCUAGGGCACACUCGAUCUCACGAAGAGAUGAAUCUAAUUAUCUGAUAUUAUGAUCAAAGAUCGCUGUUAAUUUCGAAGAUCAUGACUAUAAUCUUAAAGAUAGUUGCGAAUGGUCGAUGCUCAGGAUAAAAGGAUUUUCUUUGGGAAGAGGAUAGCGUAAAUGAGCGAGUCUCAUGGCCUCUUCUUUUUGAUUUUCCUAAGUAUGAUAUUCAUUCAAAGGAGAGUACCUCUUCUCUCAACUCGAUGACUUAAGUAUCUUUAUAAAAAUAAUGAUCGUGGAAUGAUUACGUUUAAGAUGAAACGUGAGUAAUUUUCUAGAAGAAUCUCUAAGAAUAGUUGUAUGAUAUUUUGAUAUUUAAGAUUAUCGUUAAUCAUGAUUAGCACAAAAUCACAUUAUAAAUUUCUUAAUAUUCUAAAGGAGAUAAUUUCAUUUCUAGAAAAUUUUCAUAAUAUUUUACCGAGCGAAAUAAAUUUUGUGCGCUAAAUAAUUGUCGCGAUAAAACAUGAUUUGUAAUAUACUUCGAACGGAUUUUUUGGUUUUUCCUUUACAGAAUUUCAUUUUUUAAAACGUCGAAAAA